GGUGGGAUUUCCUCCGCUGCUGCUGCCGCGGAUCCUGCGCCGCGUCCAGCCCGCGAGUCCGACCCCGGCCCGACCCGGCCGGCCCCGCCUGCCCGGCCCCGGGGAGGGAUGCGGCGGCGCGGCGCCCAGGAUGCCCCGCAGCCCCGGGACGCGCCUCAAACCCGCCAAGUACAUCCCGGUGGCCACGGCAGCUGCGCUGUUGGUUGGCUCCAGCACCCUCUUCUUCGUAUUCACGUGCCCAUGGUUGACAAGGGCGGUGUCUCCAGCUAUUCCUGUCUACAAUGGCAUCCUCUUCCUCUUUGUCUUGGCCAACUUCAGUAUGGCCACCUUCAUGGACCCUGGAGUCUUCCCCCGAGCGGAUGAGGACGAGGACAAGGAGGAUGACUUCCGGGCCCCACUGUACAAGAAUGUGGAUGUGCGGGGCAUCCAGGUCCGCAUGAAGUGGUGUGCAACAUGCCACUUCUACCGUCCACCCCGAUGCUCACACUGCAGCGUCUGUGACAACUGUGUGGAGGACUUUGACCACCACUGCCCCUGGGUCAACAACUGCAUCGGACGGCGCAACUACCGCUACUUCUUCCUGUUCCUGCUGUCACUCAGUGCACACAUGGUGGGUGUGGUGGCCUUUGGCCUGGUCUACGUGCUCAACCACUCAGAGGGGCUGGGAGCUGCCCACACCACCAUCACCAUGGCUGUCAUGUGUGUGGCUGGCCUUUUCUUCAUUCCUGUCAUCGGCCUCACUGGCUUCCACGUGGUACUGGUCACGCGGGGGCGCACCACCAAUGAGCAGGUGACUGGGAAGUUCCGCGGGGGUGUGAACCCCUUCACCCGAGGCUGCUAUGGGAACGUGGAGCACGUGUUAUGCAGUCCCCUGGCGCCCCGGUAUGUGGUGGAGUCCCCGAGGAUGCCGCUCUCAAUAAGCCUAAAGCCACCCUUCCUGAGGCCUGAGCUCCUGGAACGAGCUGUGCCCCUCAAGGUCAAACUUAGUGACAAUGGACUGAAAGCUGGCCGCAGCAAGUCCAAGGGCAGUCUGGACCAGCUGGAUGAGAAGCCUCUGGACCUUGGACCUCCAUUGCCCCCCAAGAUAGAGGCUGGUACCUUUGGGAGAGACCUGCAGACCCCGAGACCUGGCAGUGCUGAGAGUGCCCUAUCAGUACAGAGGACCAGCCCCCCAACACCUGCCAUGUAUAAGUUCCGGCCAGCUUUCUCCACUGGCCCCAAGACACCCUUUUGUGGACCUAGUGAACAGGUCCCGGGCCCUGACUCCCUUACUCUGGCAGAUGACAGCACUCACAGUCUAGACUUUGUGUCCGAGCCCAGCCUGGAUCUCCCAGACCACGGGCCUGGUGGCCUGCAUCCUACCUAUCCCCCUUCCCCAACCCUCAAUGCCACCGAUGCCUUCUCAGGUGCCUUACGCUCCCUGAGUCUCAAGGCUGCCAGCCGGCGGGGUGGGGACCACAUGACCCUGCAGCCGCUGCGCUCUGAAGGCGGGCCCCCCACACCCCACCGUGGUCUCUUUGCUCCUCAUGCACUGCCCAACCGAAAUGGCAGCCUGUCCUAUGACAGCCUACUUAACCCUGGCUCACCCAGCGGCCAUGCUUGUCCCACACACCCCUCGAUUGGCAUGGCCAGCUAUCAUUCACCCUACCUGCACCCUGGGCCAUCAGAUCCACCACGGCCCCCACCCCGCAGCUUCAGUCCUGUGCUGGGUCCCCGACCUAGGGAACCCUCUCCUGUGCGCUAUGACAACCUGUCUCGGACCAUCAUGGCCUCCAUCCAGGAGCGCAAGGACAGGGAAGAGCGUGAACGGCUGCUGCGCUCCCAGACUGACUCACUCUUUGGCGAUUCUGGUGUCUAUGAUACACCCAGCUCCUACAGCCUGCAACAGGCCAAUGUGUUAACAGAAGGUCCCCGUGGCUCUGGGCUGCGCUAUGGCUCCAGGGAUGAUCUUGUGGCUGGGCCUGGCUUCGGUGGUGCCCGAAAUCCUGCUUUGCAGACGUCAAUGUCCUCACUGUCGAGCUCUAUGAGUCGGGCACCACGGACAUCUUCUUCCUCCCUGCAGGCUGACCAGGCCAACAACAAUGCCCCAGGAACCCGGCCUGGCAGUGGUUCGCACAGGUCACCUGCCCAUCAGGGCCUGCCUUCCCCACCAGGCACUCCCCGAUCGCCCUCUUACACAGGCUCCAAGGCUGUCGCCUUCAUCCACACGGACCUCCCAGACCGGGCACCCUCACUGGCUAUGCAGAGGGAUCACCCUCAGCUGAAGACCCCCCCAAGUAAGCUUAACGGGCAGUCCCCGGGCAUGGCCCGUCUGGGGCCUGCUGCCAGCCCCAUGGGGCCCAACGCCAGCCCUGCCCGGCACACGCUGGUUAAGAAGGUGUCCGGCGUGGGUGGGACUACGUACGAAAUCUCGGUGUAAGGACUGAGCACCACUCAUCUGCUGUGACCCCACGGGGACCAGGACCCCCACAGUAGCUCCCCCACCCCCAUCAACUUCUCUGCCCCAGGGAGAGGAGGCCACCCAAGCCUGGUGUGGACACAUCAACAGGAAAGGAAGCUCCGCCUCCACAGCUUGUGCUGCAGCCUCUGCCUGCCCGUCCACUGUCUACUCACAGGGCAGAUGGACCCAAGGCUGUGAUGGGGGCCUGGACUGCCUCCUCCAUCAGCCCGUCUCAGCCCUGCACCCUAUUGCCCUCAGUCCCCAAGGCCAGUCCCCAACGGUCCCAUGGGCCGACUGCAUCCUUUCCGGAUGGGUUGCUGUAGCCCCAUGCUCCCAGCUGCUCCUAAUACAUGGCCUUUCACUGACCUAGCUGGUAGCUUGUUGCUUGGCAAGGCCUGUGCUUUGCAGGGAGUGUAGCCCUGGCCUGCUCUGGGUUGUGAUGGAUGGAUGGACAGAUAAUGUAGCUGUAUCAGGGGUCCCAGCUCCCUGUGUUCCUGUCUCGCCUGGCUGGUGGGUUUAUGUUCCUGUGUCUGUAUGCUGUGCUGCCGUGCCGCGUCUCCUGUGUUAGUGCUCGGCUGCCACUGUUCUCUCAUCAAAGCCUUAACUUCUGCUUUAUGCUCUUGUGGGAGGUGAUGGGGUGGUAGGCCAGAGCAGGGAGGGGCCAGAUGCUGCCCCAGGGACUGGUGGGGCCUGGAGCGCCCGCCCUCCCUCCCAGGCCUUCCCUGCCAAACUGGAGAGUCCUCACCCCAAAGCAUACAGAGUUCCCAGCACUGGCUUGACCAGUGCCGCUGGAAAGCACAUCAGGGAGGGUCGGUUCUCCCCCUGGCGUCAGGGACCCGAGUAAGCACAUGGCAGCGUCUGCUUGCAUUGUCUGUUUUACGUUUUUAUAUUUACAUCUAUAUAUCUAUAAUUUUAUUAAAAAAAGGAAAAAUCA